UUGAAAGCUGAUAAAAAUCAGCUCGCAGGAAAUAAUCGGGGGGUGGGGGGGGGAAGUGAAAGAGACAAGGCCAGCAAGGUCUGCCCUGCCACAAGGGAACCGUCGGUGUCGCACAGCAGAUUCACAACCUGCCACCACCUGCUCGGAGCGGCCGAUCCCGAUUCCCUGUCCAAGUGAGCGCCCACCUGUUUUUUCCAGAGCAGCAUAACUGGUCUACACAGAACAUACUGGGAAGCCAAGCGGGUGACUGUCCAUGCUGUUUAUUUUUAUGCCAUCGUGGACCAGUAGCACAUUUCCAAGAGGCUUACCUAGGACACACCUGUUCAGGGGUUUUGGCUCCUAGAAAAAGCCCUUCCUCUGGACUCAAUGGAACAUACAGAGUCUUCACCAAUGGCUGAAGAUGAACCCAAGAGGCAGUUGCCAGCGCUGGAAGAUGUCUCUCAGCACACACGGAUUGCAACACUGAAGGCAAAUAUUAGAAUGGGUGAACAAGGAUUAGGUCUCAUAAUCAUACAGAAUGGGCCAUAUCUCCAGAUAGCAAGCCUUGUUGAGAAAAGCUCUGCAGCUAACGAUGGAAAGCUAAAACCAGGUGAUGUUCUAACAAAAAUCGGGCAUGCUAACAUUUUAGGAUGGACCCUGCAAGAGCUUGGGCAGCUCCUGCACAACGUUCCUAUAGGAACUACUCUACAGAUCAGAGUUUACAGAGAUUUUAUUGAAAUACCUCAACACUGGCAAAGUGCAGUUGAAUUAAUUCCUGAAGUAAAGCUUCCUGUGAUGACAGCUGACACAAGUGAAGAUGCUGAGGAUGAAGAUGACACCGGGUCCAGUAGCGAUGAUGACGAUGUAGACUUGGAAACUUUUCAGUAUACAUCUUCCCAGUCAUACUGUUCUGAGUUCACUUGUAAGUUACCACCAACAUCCAAAAUUUGGCAGAUAUCUGAUACCAGCCAGACACUUAGAGUAGGCACAGGCAAUGUUUGUGAUGUUGUACUUCAUGAUGAUGUUGAGGCAUUGUGCAAUCCUGAGUUCGAUACUGGUGGUGUUAGACCUCCUUCAUACGGGGCUAAGGAAAACAAUGAGACCAGUUCCUCUUCCUCCUGCUCUUCUGUAUCAGAUACAUCUUAUCUGGAAGAAUUUGCUUUUGUUUCAGAAUAGCUCAACACCUGACUUCAAAACCUAGAUUUUUGAGGUCAUAUUGUAUUUAAUACAUGCCAUGACUUCCAAAAAAUCUAAAUGUUCUAGGGUAUCUGAAAUUACAUGUUAGCUCUAUUAAAGCUGUUUUAGCAAUGCCCUCCCUCCCCUCAAAGUGGUCUUUAUCAAUGCUACUUGUGGAGAAGACAUUCACAAACACUACCUCCGCUACUCCCAGAUAAAUAGCAUCUGCAAGCUUGAAGAUCUAACACAUUCACCUUUGUCUGAAGGUAAGUUUCUUCAUUUACUUGAUGUAAGGAUGGUGGAGACAGUUUAUCAAUAACUUUUCGGGAACAUACAGUAAUAUGUGGACAACUAGUGGCAAUUACAGU